AUGGCCGCGGCCCGCGCGCGGGUAGCGCACCUCCUGGAGCGGCUGCGGCUCGCAGCAUGUCAGUGUCCAACUCAUUCUCAUACUUACUCCCAAGCUCCUGGGCUUCCACCUUCUGGAAAAACAACAGAUUAUGCCUUUGAGAUGGCUGUUUCAAAUAUUAGAUAUGGAGCAGGAGUUACAAAGGAAGUGGGAAUGGACCUACAAAACAUGAAUGCUAAAAAUGUUUGUUUGGUGACAGACAAGAACCUCUCCCAGCUCCCUCCCGUGCGAAUAGUUAUGGAUUCUCUCGUGAAAAAUGGCAUAAACUUUAAGGUUUAUGAUAAUGUGAGGGUGGAACCAACUGAUAGAAGUUUCAUGGAAGCUAUUGAGUUUGCCAAAAAGGGAGCUUUUGAUGCCUACGUUGCUGUGGGUGGUGGCUCCACCAUAGACACCUGUAAAGCCGCUAAUCUGUACGCAUCCAGCCCUCACUCCGAUUUCCUAGAUUAUGUCAGUGCUCCCAUUGGGAAGGGAAAGCCUGUGUCUGUGCCUCUUAAGCCUCUGAUCGCAGUCCCAACUACUUCAGGAACUGGAAGUGAAACUACGGGAGUUGCUAUUUUUGACUACGAGCCUUUGAAAAUAAAAAUUGGCAUUGGUUCCCGAGCCAUCAAACCCACGCUGGGACUGAUUGACCCUCUGCACACCCUGCACAUGCCUGACCGAGUGGUCGCCAACAGUGGCUUCGAUGUGCUUUGCCAUGCCCUGGAAUCCUACACUGCCCUUCCCUACCACAUGCGGAGUCCCUGCCCUCCAAAUCCCAUCUCUCGGCCAGCCUACCAGGGCAGCAACCCAAUCAGUGACAUCUGGGCAGUCCACGCACUGCGGAUCGUCGCCAAGUAUCUGAAGAGGGCUGUCAGAAACCCCGAUGAUCUCGAAGCAAGGUCCAGUAUGCACUUGGCAAGUGCCUUUGCUGGCAUCGGUUUUGGAAAUGCUGGUGUUCAUCUGUGCCAUGGAAUGUCUUACCCGAUUUCAGGCUUAGUGAAGACAUACAGAGCAAAGGAUUAUAACGUGGAUCACCCAUUGGUGCCUCACGGCCUUUCUGUGGUGCUCACCUCGCCAGCGGUGUUCACCUUCACAGCCCAGAUGUCUCCUGAGCGGCACCUGGAGACGGCAGAGAUAUUGGGGGCCGACACCCGCACCGCCAAGAGGGCAGAUGCUGGGCCCGUUCUGGCUGAUGCCCUCCGGAAACUCCUGCUGGAUUUGGACGUGGAGGACGGCCUCGCUGCCAUUGGCUACUCGAAGGCCGACAUCCCCGCCUUGGUGAAAGGAACCCUGCCCCAGGAAAGGGUCACCAAACUUGCACCACGCCCUCAGUCAGAAGAGGAUCUGUCUGCCCUAUUUGAAGCUUCGAUGAAACUGUAUUAA